AUGUACAUAACGAAAAACACCACAAAAACCACCAUCGAAUCUGCAAUUUCCUUCAAAGAAGCCUUAGAGCAGAUCAAAGUUGGAAUUCUCCCGGAGAACUACCCCAACACUGAACUGACUACAGCUCAACUAGAUUCCAUUCAGAAUGCUCUACUCACUGCAAUGGAGCAGCAAAGAAAUGAACCGGUGAAACCCAAGUUUUUCAACUGCUCAUAUAAGUCGGGUUAUCUAAUCCUUUCUUGUAAAGACCAUCAAACAUCGGAAUGGUUGAAGAAAGUGUUUCCCAUGAUAACCCUAGAAGAUAACAUAAAACUGGUUGCUCUAGACGCAAAAAAUAUUCUGCGUCCAGAGAUUCUUCAUGCCUUAUUUCCACAAAGUGCAACAUACAGUGACGAGAGACUCAAAAGCCACAUCGAGAGCCAAAACGAGAAUCUCUCCACCAAUAAAUGGCGGAUACUCAAGAGAUCCAAUCCCAAUGAAAUCCACGCGGAUUGGACGCUAACAGUCGACGAAGCUUCAAUGCGUCAACUUGUUAGCAACAACUUCAAAAUAAACUUCCGAUUUGGCGAAACUAAGCUGAGGAAAACAAAUCCAAAGCAGUGCCAAACCACAACUCAAAAAAACUCCAGUGUGCUCGAAGGAGAUCUGGUGCCAAGAAACGAGAAAUCUCAUAACUCCAAAAAACCCAGGUAA